AUGGGGAGCUGCGCUGGGAAGAGCGGCUGGGCUGAGAGGCGGCCAGUGCUCUUUCCGUUCCUGCUGUCUUUGUUCUGCCUGGCGCUCUCUGACCAAAUCCACUACAGGAUUCCUGAGGAGAUGCCCGAGGGCUCGGUGGUGGGGAAUCUCGCCAAGGACCUGAGACUCAGUGUCCACGAGUUACCGACUCGAAAACUGCGCGUCAGUUCGGAGAAGCCUUACUUCACUGUGAGCGCGGAGAGCGGGGAGUUACUUGUGAGCAGCAGGCUAGACCGGGAGCAGAUAUGCGGGAAGAAGUCAGCUUGUGCUCUGGAAUUUGAGGUUGUUGCUGAAAAUCCAUUGAACUUUUAUCACGUGAAUGUAGAGAUCGAGGAUGUCAAUGACCACAGGCCAAAAUUCUCGCAAAAUUCCUUUGAGCUGCAAAUAAGUGAGUCUACGCCGCCAGGCACGCGAUUUAUAUUAGAAGUCGCGGAAGAUGCAGACAUUGGCUUAAACUCUCUGCAGACUUAUAAACUUUCUCUUAGCCCUAGUUUCUCGUUGAUAAAUAAGGAAAAACAAGAUGGUAGUAAAUUCCCGGAACUGGUAUUGGAGAAACCCUUAGACCGGGAACAGCAGAGUUACCAUCGUUUAGUCCUGACUGCCUCAGACGGUGGCGAUCCACCCUUAAGUGGCACUACUGAGCUCCAGAUCCAGGUCACUGAUGCCAAUGAUAACCCCCCGGUAUUUAGCCAGGACGUGUACAGAGUCAGCCUUGGAGAAAACGUGCCCCCAGGCACCACUGUGUUGCAGGUGUCAGCCACCGAUCAGGACGAGGGCGUCAACUCAGAAAUUGCUUAUUCCUUCUACAGGACCGGGCAAGUCUUCGGUCUGAAUUCAAAGAGUGGGGAAAUUACAACGCUAAAAACACUGGAUUUCGAAGAAAUCAAAGAAUAUUCCAUUGUGGUGGAAGGGAGGGAUGGCGGAGGACUGGUUGCACAGUGUACAGUUGAAAUUAGCAUUCAAGAUGAAAAUGACAACAGACCAGAUAUUACAUUCCAUUCUCUAGUCGAAAUGAUUCUGGAAAACGCAGUGCCGGGAACUCUGAUUGCUUUGAUCAAAAUACAUGACAGAGAUUCCGGGGAGAAUGGGGAGGUUAAUUGUCGAUUAGAGGGUAAAGUACCUUUUCAGAUAAUCUCUUCCUCCAAAAAUUCAUACAAGUUGGUAACAGCCGGGAUCCUGGACCGAGAGCAGAUCCCGGAGUACAAUGUCACCAUCAUAGCCACUGACAAGGGCAAGCCGCCUCUCUGCACCCAUACAAGUGUUACCUUGCAUAUUACUGAUGUCAACGACAAUGCUCCAGUUUUCCACCAGGCCUCCUACGUCGUCCACGUACCAGAAAACAACCCGCCUGGAGCUUCCAUCGAGCAAGUCAGGGCCUCUGACCCCGACCUAGGGCCCAACGGCCACGUCUCCUACUCCAUCGUGGCCAGCGACCUGGAGCCACGCGCGCUGUCGUCCUACGUGUCCGUGAACCCGCAGAGCGGCGUGGUAUUCGCGCAGCGCGCCUUCGACCACGAGCAGCUGCGCGCCUUCGAGCUGACGCUGCAGGCCCGCGACCACGGCUCGCCCGCGCUCAGCUCCAACGUGAGCCUGCGCGUGCUGGUGGGCGACCACAACGACAACGCGCCCAGGGUGCUGUACCCGGCGCUGGGGCCCGACGGCUCGGCGCUCUUCGACACGGUGCCGCGCGCCGCGCAGCCCGGCUACCUGGUCACCAAGGUGGUGGCAGUGGACGCAGACUCUGGACACAACGCCUGGCUGUCCUACCACGUGCUGCAGGCCAGCGAGCCCGGACUGUUCAGCGUGGGGCUGCGCACGGGCGAGGUGCGCACGGCGAGGGCCUUGGGCGACAGGGACGCGGCCCGCCAGCGCCUGCUGGUCGCUGUGCGCGAUGGGGGACAGCCGCCCCUCUCGGCCACCGCCACGCUGCUCCUGGUUUUCGCCGACAGCCUGCAGGAGGCGCUGCCGGACCUCAGUGACCGGCCCGCGCCCCCUGACCCCCAGGCCGAGCUGCAGUUUUACCUGGUGGUGGCCUUGGCCUUGAUCUCGGUGCUCUUCCUCUUGACGGUGAUUCUAGCUGUCGCCCUGCACCUGCGACGCUCCUCCAGCCCUGCUGCUUGGGGCUGCUUUAAGCCUGGUCUCUGUAUCAAGUCUGGACCGGUGGUUCCUCGCAACUACAGUGAAGGAACUUUACCUUAUUCGUACAAUCUGUGCGUUGCCCAUACUGGAAAGACAGAGUUUAAUUUUCUAAAAUGUAGUGAGCAGUUGAGUUCAGGACAAGAUAUACUUUGUGGUGAUUCGUCUGGGGCCUUAUUUCCACUCUGUAAUUCCAGUGAGCCGACUUCCCAUCCCGAAACUCUAAUGGCGGUGAGUUCCAUUUAA